AUUAAAAUCAUAGUGAUGAAGACGACAACGUUUACGAGUUAGUUUGAGGCAGUGUAUUUGCCCUGAUCUUCCGUUUCAAACAAAGAUAAACAACAACAACAACAGUAUUGAUGAAAUAGAUUUCAUCUACAGGAUUGCUUGACACACAUAACUACAAAAUGGCAGAAAAUAGAUAUUUGACUGGUUAUGCCAAAUUAGGGACGUCAAGUUGUAAAAAAUGUAAACAGAAGAUUGAUAAAGGAGCCCUGAGAAUAGCAAAACUUGUCUCAAAUCCAUUCUCCGAGGAUGCCGGGGACAUGAAACAAUGGUUUCAUCCUGAUUGCGUGUUUGAGCAAUUUGUACGUGCACGAGCUACAACAAAGAAGAUCGAGGAUCCCGAUGAUUUAGAAGGAUUUUCCGAUUUAGAACAGGCUGAUAAAGAUGCCAUUCUUAAACUGAUCAAAGAUUUUCAGGCUAGAACUAGUACCCCAGGGAAAAAGAAAACACCAAAGAAAGCUACACCAGCAAAACCGAAGCCAGAAACCAGCAGCACACCAAUAAAACAGGAACCAAAACCUGGCUCCUCAUCAGAAUCUGCAGGAGCAAGCAAUGGUUCUGGUCCGGUAAGCACAUCAGGUGGAAAAGAUGACUCAUUUAGAGAGUUCCGGCGCCUUUGUGCCGACAUUGCCGAAGAAAACAGUUACACAGGAAAAACAGCUAUUGUAAAAAAAUUUAUCACAAAAGGGUCAAGUGGUGAUGGUUAUGAGGGCAACCUAUAUCUUUUAUUGAAACUACUGUUACCUGGUGUAGUGAAAAGUGUGUAUAACUUGAACAAUAAACAGCUAGUCAAGCUGUAUAGUCAGGUAUUCCAAACAAAUCAGAAAGCAAUGUUGGAGGAUUUAGACCAAGGAGAUGUGGCAGAGACUGUGAAGGUUUUCUUUGAGCAGAGUAAAGUCCUUCCUCCACAGAAAAAAUGUGCUCUUACAAUACAAGAGGUGAACAGUUUUCUAGAGGACUUGACAAAGGUGACAAAGGAAGAUGACCAGGAGAAAAUAUUGACCAAAAUUGCUCAAAGAUGUACUGGAAAUGAUUUGAAGAUGGUGAUUCGACUGAUUAAGCAUGAUCUCAGAAUAAAUGCAGGGGCCAAACACAUACUAGAUGCCCUUGACCCAAAUGCGUAUGCAGCAUUCCAGGCUUCACGUGACCUUCGUGAUGUGGUGGAGAGGGUCAUUGAGAACAAAGGAAAUGGUGAAAAACCCGGUCUAGGCAAGAAAUUGUCAGUGAGAGCUUCAUUAAUGACUCCAGUAUUACCCAUGCUGGCAGAGGCAUGUAGAUCAGUGGGCCAGGCUAUGAAGAAAUGUCCCAAUGGUUUCUAUGCAGAGAUAAAGUAUGAUGGAGAGAGGGUACAGCUUCACAAGAAAGGAUCUGACUUUCAGUACUUCAGUAGAAGUCUUAAACCUGUACUACCACAUAAGGUUUCACAUUUUAAAGAAUUUAUUCCUAAAGCGUUUCCAUCUGGGGAUGAUCUUAUACUUGAUGCUGAAGUACUUCUUAUCGACACAAAAACUGGGAUACCUCUACCAUUUGGCACCCUUGGUAAACAUAAAAAAGAACAGUUUAAAGAAGCCAAUGUUUGUUUAUUCAUAUUUGACUGCCUUCAUCUGAAUGGAGAAAAUAUUAUGGAUAGACCAAUUAAAGAAAGGAGAAAAAUUCUUCAGAAGGAGAUGAUUGAAAUACCAAACAGAAUUUUGUUUUCUGAAAUGAAACAUAUUACUGAGGAAGAUGAUCUCACCGAUAUGAUGACACGGGUGUUUCAGGAAGGUCUGGAAGGUCUUGUACUUAAAGAUGUCAAUAGUAUUUAUGAACCUGGAAAGCGUCAUUGGUUGAAGAUAAAGAAGGAUUAUUUAAAUGAAGGACAGAUGGCUGACUCAGCAGAUUUAGUUGUUCUUGGAGCGUUCUAUGGAACUGGCAAUAAAGGUGGGAUGAUGUCUGUAUUUCUAAUGGGGUCAUAUGACCCAAACACUGACCAAUGGUGUACUGUGACCAAAGUAGGGAAUGGGUUUGACGAUGCCACUUUAGAAAAACUGCAAAAAGAGCUCAAGAUGGUGAAAAUCAGCAAGAAUUCUAGCAAGGUCCCAGACUGGCUUAAUGUGAAGAAGAAUAUGAUACCAGAUUUUGUGUCAGCAGACCCAAAAAGUGCACCAGUCUGGGAGAUUUCAGGAGCGGAAUUUAGUAAAGCAGAGGUUCAUACAGCAGAUGGUAUAUCUAUAAGAUUUCCUCGUGUAACGAAGGUUAGAGAUGAUAAAUCAUGGAAGGAAGCCACUGAUUUACCAAGACUAAAGGAUUUGUUCAAGAAGUCAAAAGACACAUCAGACAUCGUUAUCCCAGGAACCAAGAAGGGUAAAGGGCCCGGCAAAUCUCCGGCUAAGAAAGGCAAAUCUUCCAGCGGCAGUGAUACAGAUGUAAAUGAUGACAGUGAUGCAAACAGCAAUGCAACUCCUGUGAAAUCCAAAAGUACAUCGGUGUCAUCUACACCUGGCGAGUCUUCAACACCUGGUGGGACUGUUGGAAUAGCCAAAUACUUUUCGCCAAAAAAGGAACAAAAUUCUCCAACAAAAGCAAUCAAGCGGACCAAUGAGAAUGGAAAUGAAUCAAGUCCAGCUAAGAAA